GCAGAUCCCGCGCGGCCCCCCCGGCGAGGACGGCAAGGCGGGCAGGGACGGCAUGCCCGGGAUCCCCGGCACCUCCGGACGCCCUGGGCCCCCGGGGGAGAGGGGCCCCAUAGGAGGCAAGGGCGAGAAGGGCGACCGAGGCGAGCGAGGGAAUCCGGGACCCGAGGGCCAGCAGGGCGCGAAGGGCGAGUCGGGCAUGGACGGCGCCCCUGGGAUGCCCGGCGAGAGAGGCCCCCAGGGACCCCCAGGGAAGCCAGGCUGGGGCAACUCCAGAUACGACGUGGACAGCGGCCUGGCCAUGGCACCGGCGAGACCUGGCACCCCUGGCACUCCGGGCGAGAAAGGGGCACCGGGCGCACCUGGCAUCCGCGGCACUCGAGGGUACCCCGGCGCCAAGGGAGACAGAGGCGAAUCCGGGCUGCGCGGGGACAAGGGAGACACGGGCGAACCGGGAAGGAGCGGCCCGGCAGGACCCAAAGGAGAACCAGGAUCUCCCGGUAUGAACGGCGCCCCCGGUCCCCCAGGCUUCAUUGGGGUCCCUGGUGACAAGGGCGAUAAAGGUGAACGAGGUGAAACAGGUGUCGGUUCGCCAGGUCCCCCAGGUAGACCAGGGGGGCUUACGCUCGAAGACCACAAGGCUAUUGUCGAACAGGUCAGUUUCUAG